AUGUCGCUUUCUUGGGGAGGCAAUCCCAGAAUUCUGUACCCCGCCCUCACCGCAGACUGCAUCCGGCUCUCCAAUACGCACUGCUAUACCACCUCCAAAACUCUUACGCAUCCCUUCCCCACCGCACCCUGCAUCCCCCCACCUGACCGCAAGUGCCCAGCGUGCGGUGCAGGAGCCGGUGGGAAAGAACGGGUGCCGGACCGGGUCAACCAGAAUCAGCCAAGCGCACGCGCCUAUCUCCCCGUUCCUGCUCCUGACUCCUCCGAGUCCCCAGCCUCCUACGCGGCGACAGUGAGACCCUGCACGGAGCUGGAGCAACCUGUUCAGCAGGAGGCAGCUGCCGGACCCCCAACUUCCCGCACGGAGAGCGUCUCCAGAUCCCGAGAAGGCACCUUUGCAGUGGGGGUACAUCCCCCCCAACUCGCCACUGCCUUCGGGGUGCAGUGCCGACCCAAGAGCAUGGAGAACCACACCGAGCACUCUGAGCGCGCGGUCGCGUCGGGCCUGGGCACCAUGCCCGGGCCUCCGCUAGCUGUACAAGCGGUGACGUUGACCCUGGUGCCCCUCGUGUGCGCCGUGGGUGUGGCGGGCAACGCUACGGUGGUCCUGGUGGUGCUCCGGAGCCGCCACAUGGUCACACCCACCAACUGUUACUUGGUGAACCUGGCCGCCGCGGACCUGCUGGUGCUCCUGGUGGCGGGAGUGCCCACCAUAGCCGAGGCGGCGUCCCCCCGGGCUUGGGUCUUCGGCCACGCAGGCUGCCUGGGCAUCACCUAUCUGCAGUACGUGGGCAUCAACGCGUCCACAGGCUCCAUCACCGCGUUCACCGUGGAGGGCUACCUCGCCAUCUGCCACCCGCUGCGCGCCCAAACUCUGUGCCCGGUGGCGCGGGCCAAGCGCAUCGCGGCAUCGGUGUGGCUGGGCCCCAGCGCCUACUGCGUGCUCUGGCUCUUCCUGGUGGACACACGCGAGACCGCCUACGCCGACGGCAUGCAGGUGCAGUGCGGCUACCGCGUGUCGCGCUCUCUCUACCCGCCCAUCUACUUCCUGGGCUUCGCGCUCUUCUAUGCGCUGCCCCUGGGCCUGGCCACCCCGUUCUACGUGCUCAUAGCGCGCGUCCUCUUUGUGGGGCCGCUGCCUCCUGGCGACCGGGGUCACUCGGGCUCUGCGCACCAGGGCCCCCCGGCUGGCCAGCGGCGCUUCUCCCCCAGGGGCAAGAGAGGCGCCCUCAACUCCUGGAAGCAGGUCACCAAGAUGCUGACGGGGGUGGUGCUGGUUUUUGCUCUGCUGUGGUUGCCCUACCACCCCCUGGUGGUGGUAAAUUCCUUCCUGAGCCCGCCCUACCUCAACCGUGGCUUCUUUCUCUUCUGCCGCCUUUGCGUCUACCUGAACAGCGCAGUCAACCCCAUCAUCUAUGCCCUUACCUCUCAGCGCUUCCGGGAGGCCUUCCAUGGACUAUCUCAGUGCCUGGCGGGCCCGGCCCAGCUCCCGCCCCAGGAGGCCACCCCUGUGGACUACAGUGUCAUCAAAGACUGUUCCCAGAUCAGACUGGGCUCUUAG